AUGAUCGACCCAACUCACGGCCUCUUCAAGCUGCCCACCAAGGAGCAGCGUAGGAUCGAGCGUAAUGGAGCACCGCUCAACCCUAUCAAGCUCGCCCUGAUGCUCACUCCACUUCAGGGUCUCAUGUUCUUCUCCGGCUGGCUCGCCUGGACCGUCGAUGCCUGGGACUUUUUCGCCGUCUCGCUCUCCGUCACGGCUCUCUCCAACCAGUUCCAUCGUCCCACCCGCGACAUUACCACCGCCAUCACCCUCACACUGCUCUUCCGUUCCGUGGGAGCCGCGAUCUUCGGCGUUUUGUCCGACAGGUACGGACGAAAAUACCCCUUGGUCAUCAACCUCCUCAUCAUCGCCGCUCUUUCUCUGGGAUCUGGUUUCGUCCAGACAUACCAACAGUUCCUCGCUGUUAGAUCCCUCUUUGGGCUUGGAAUGGGGGGAAUUUGGGGCAUGGCGACGGCCACGGCCUUGGAGAACAUGCCUGCCGCUCCCAGAGGUCUGUUUUCGGGUAUCUUGCAACAAGGUUAUGCUGUAGGAUACCUUUUGGCGGCUUCGGUCAAUCUGACGUGGAUUCAGAGGUCGCACAACUGGCGCAUCCUCUUCUUCCUCGGCGCAGGACUCUCCGCUGUAGCCGCUGCGGUUCGACUGCUGCUUCCCGAGUCGGAACUGUUCCUGCGUCAAAAGGCUCAGCGCGAGGUUUCGGGUGCCGUCGGACAGAGCAAGGCCAAGGUGUUCCUGACCGAGCUCAAGGAGAUGCUCAAGACGCACUGGCUUCGAUGCAUCUACGGCAUCCUGCUCAUGACCGGAUUCAACUUCCUCUCGCACUCGAGUCAGGAUCUUUACCCUACCAUCUUGCAACAGUCGAAACUUCUCACGGCGAAACAAGCUUCGAAGGCGACCAUCAUCUCAAACUGCGGUGCCAUCACUGGUGGUUUCCUCGCCGGCUACCUCUCGCAAUACCUCGGACGACGAUUGACCAUCAUCCUAUUCGUCGUCAUCACGGGAGCGUUGAUUCCUGCUUGGAUCCUGCCCCACAGCUUCAGCGCGCUGUCUGCCGGCGCCUUCUUCUUGCAAUUUGGUGUCCAGGGUGCAUGGGGUGUUGUGCCCAUCUACCUGUCCGAGAUUGCUCCUCCCGCAUUCCGUGCUACGUACGCCGGGUUGGCAUACCAGCUCGGUAACGCUGCUUCGUCUGCUUCGUCCCAGAUCGAGACUGUCGGUGGAGACCAUCUGAAGGAGCGCAACCCCAAAUGGCACCCUGGAUCUCCUUCCACCGUGGAGGAGUUCAUCCCUGCCUACGCCAAGGUCUCGGCCAUCUUGCUCGGCACUGUCUGCGCAUACCUGCUGAUCGUCGUCACAUUCGGUUGGGAGUUCAGGGGUGCAGAGUUUGAAAAGGCUCUGCCGGCAACGAUCCCUGGUGCGGGUGAACAGGAUGGUGCUCAGAUGGAGAAGGAGGCCAAGCGCGAUGUGAGGGACGCUUACGACGAGGACAGCAUCGAGCACGUUGGCGACCGCCGUGACAACGCUUCGGACGACGGAAAGAAGUUCUAA